UCCAUCCCACUUCUUAUCUCUAUCUAUCAUCAUCUUCUUCUUAGAAAGCUAUGGAAAAAGGCGGCGACGAGCGGCAUAUACUAUUGGUGUCUUUUCCGGGUUUAGGUCAUAUAAACCCAACUCUUGAAUUCGCUAAGCGUGUUGUCCGGUUGGGUGUCAAAGUAACGUUCUUGACAGCCAAAAUUGCUCUAAAAAGCAUUCCCCGGUCGUCGCCUCCCCUCUCCGGCAUCACCUUCGUAGGUUACUCCACCGACUAUGGUGAGGGCCGAAAGCCAGUUGACGACAAUGUUGCCCACUUCAUGUCUGAAAUCCAGCUCCGUGGCUCAAACAAGUUAUCAGAAAUGCUCUCUUCUUCCGCUGCCUCAGAGGAAGGUGGUCGACAACUUCCAUUUUCACGUUUGGUUUAUGCCACUCUAAUGCCGUGGGCAGCAGAAGUGGCGCGUGCUCACCACGUACCGGCCACACUCUUAUGGUUACAACCGGCUGCCAUUUUCGACAUCUAUCACUAUUACUUUAAUGAAGGAUAUGACGAAGAAAUUAAUCAGGCCAAUAAUUCAUCAUCAUGGUCUAUUCACUUGCCUGGCAUGCCCAACCUAGGUAGAGACGAUCUGCCGUCAUUCCUUGUAUCGAAAAGUAAAGAUUUCGAGUACGCGAUUCCUUUAUACAAAGAGCAUUUUACGGUUCUCCAAUCCUUCGAUGAAGGUCCGCCUCAAGAUAUUCUAGUUAACACGUUCGAAUCACUCGAACCAGACGCCCUGAAAGCAAUCCCGCAAUUAAAUCUGAUCCCAAUCGGUCCUUUGGUCUCUCUGAUCCAAGACAAUCAAAAUUCAAGUGAUUACAUGGAAUUCCUUGAUUCAAAACCAAAGGGUUCAGUUAUUUAUGCAUCUUUUGGCAGCCACACUCCACUGUCAGUGCUGCAGAUUCAUGAAAUAGGCCAGGGGCUGAAAACAAGCGGGCGGCCAUUCUUAUGGGUGAUCAGAGAUACCCCAAAUGACGAAAGCUGGGUCAACUAUGUUGGGGAGAUGGAAAAACAGGGGAAGAUUAUAUCUUGGUGUUCUUCGCAAGUAGAUGUUCUUAAUCAUCCUUCUGUGGGUUGUUUUGUAAGUCAUUGUGGAUGGGGUUCUACGCUUGAGAGUUUGGGUUGUGGAGUUCCGAUGGUGUGCUUUCCUCUGUGGAUCGAUCAGAUGACCAACGCCAAGCUGGUGCAGGAUGUGUGGAGAAUCGGGGUCAGAGUUAAGAAAGAAUUGCAGAUUGAGAUUGUGAAAGGGGAGGAGUUCAAGAGAUGCAUUGAAAUGGUGAUGAUGAUGGGAUUGGAAGGGGAAGAAAUGAGAAAGAAUGCUCAAAACUGGAAACUGCUCACUCAAGAAGCAGGAAAACUAGGCGCCUCCUCUGAUCUCAAUCUCAAUGUCUUUAUUAAUAAACUUUAAUCAUGCCACUCACCCGAGGAGAACAUGUCUUAAGUUGUGUCAUUUUAUAUGAUUAUAAUUUCCUUUUUCACAUUU